AUGAAUUUCAUUUUGCCGAAUUCAACUCAUGGAGCCUAUAUUAGGCCUUCUUACUUGGAGGAGUACUUCGAUAAAAUGAAGAUUGUCGAAACGGUGAAUCUUUUCAUCAUGAUCCCAUCACUUCUUAUCUAUUAUUAUUUGUUUACGGCCCAAAGGAUUUGCCAUCCAAAUCUCACCACUCUAAUGCUCUCACAGCCAAUUGGAAUGACGAUUUCAACAAUUAUU